UUGGGGCCAACGUGUGGAGCCGGCGUUACUCGUUCCUUUGAACCCUAUCGGAGUAUAUAAGACAAGAUCAUCAGUCCAAGGACACAGUCUUUGGGUAACCGUGCGCUCUCAAUAUUGUGUUACUGGUUGUUUUUAUACUAUGACUAAGUUCGUGUUAAUCACACUGGCGUUACUGGCAGCCAUGGCGGCUUCAGGAAACGCAAAACCUUACCGUAGCAUGGGCAGCUACGGCCACGGCAGCUAUGGAGGCCGCGUCAGCUACGGACAUUAUCCCCAUGACGACUACUUCGGCCAUCAUGAUCAUGACUACUAUCACAAGCAAAAAUAUGACCACGACAGUCACGAAUACGACCACCAUAGAGACAAACAUGAUGAACAUAAGGAAGUUUAUGAUCAUCACAGAGAGAAAUAUGAUGAUCAUAAGGACAAGUACGGACAUCACGAGGUGAAAUACGACCAUCACGGUGACAAACAUGAUGACCACAGGGAAUAUCAUCACGACGAGGAUAAAUAUGAUCAGCAUAAAGAUAAACAUUACCAUGGUGAUGUGAAAUAUGACCACCAUGGUGAUAAACACGAUGAUAACAGAAAAUAUCAUCAUGACGAUGACAAACAUGAACACCGUAAUGACAAACAUGAUCAUGAAAACCAUUAUGGGAACAAACAUGAUGAUCACAAGAUAUAUUUUCAUGACGAAGACAAAUAUGAUCACCAUGAAGAGGGACAUGGCGGUCACAAGGAAGAAUUAGACCACCACGGGGACAAACAUGAUAAUAAAGAAAAACAUGAGCAGCAUAAACAGGAUUAUCAUCACUCUGGAGACAAAUAUGAUGACCACAAGAACACAAAUGAACAUGAGCAACUCUCUGGACAGAAACAUGAGCAACAUAAAGAGGAGCAUGAUCAUCAUGGAGACAAACAUGAUGAGCACAAAGCAGGUUAUAGCCACGCUGGAGACAAACAUGAUCAUCUGAAGGACGAAAGCCACGAGGAACAUAAACAUGAGCAACAUAAGGAGGAACAAGAUCAUCAUGGAGAUAAACAUGACCACAAAGACAAACAUGAUGAACACAAAUCAGGGUAUAGCCACGCUGGUGAGAAACAUGAUCAUCUGAAGGACGAAAGCCACGAGGAACAUAUACAUGAGCAACAUAAGGAGGAACAAGAUCAUCAUGGAGAUAAACACGACCAUAACGACAAACAUGAUGAACACAAAGCAGGAUAUAGCCACGGUAGUGACAAACAUGAUCACAUGAAGGACGAAAACCACGAGGAACAUAAACAUGAGCAACAUAAGGAGAAACAUGACCACAAGGAGGAACUAGAUCUUCAUGGAGAUAAACACGACCAUAACGACAAACAUGAUGAACAUAAAGCAGGAUAUAGCCACACUGGUGACAAACAUGAUCACCUGAAAGACGAAAGCCACGAAGAACAUAAACAUGAGCAACAUAAGGAGAAACAUGACCACAAGGAGGAACAAGACCAUAAUGGAGAUAAACAUGACCACAAAGACAAACAUGAUGAACACAAAGCAGGAUAUAGCCACACUGGUGACAAACAUGAUCACCUGAAAGACGAAAGCCACGAGGAACAUAAACAUGAGCAACAUAAGGAGAAAUAUGACCAUAAGGAGGAACAAGAUCAUCAUGGAGAUAAACACGACCACAAGGACAAUGAACACAAAGCUCAUGACCUAACCGGUGACAUUCAUGACCAUCACUCAGGCUCGUCUGAGUCCCACCUUAUACUAUGUGGGCACCAUAAUGAAAAACAUGAGCAUCACGAAGAAAAACACGAAAAACACGAAGAAAUAGUUAAAUUUAUACUUGAAAAAGUUGAAGAAAUUAAACCGGAGCCGGUUGUCGUACAAAAGGAAGUACAGGAAGCUUUGGCCCAAGUCUUUGGUGGAGAAGCGGCAGCACAAGGUGUAGGUGAAGAGCAAACUGCUUCUACACAAGAAGCGUCAGCCAAUGGGCAGAUUGCAUCCCAGGCCGCUGAGACUCAGAAGGAAAAGGAAACCCACGCUGCAGUCAGUACUCAAGGUCACAAAGGUCAACACCACGGAGGUUACGGUCAUGGCUACCAUUCUCAUGGAUACGGUGGAUAUGGUCAUCAUUGAGGCUGUCCAAAGUAGCGUUUAAGUUUUGGAUGUACGAUUUCGAAUUAAAUAUUUAUUGUAAGGGAUCUGGAUUUUUUAUUUAAAUAAAUGAAUACUUGCCUGCCCUGCGAUUUCCGAGAAUAAUUAUUUUACUUCGGUAGGAUAAAAUUGAAUCUGACCUCAAAUUAGAUGAAAAACUUAUUGCUUCAAACCUAAAAUCCUCAUUGACCAAUAAAGAAAAAACCGACUCAAAUUUUUCUUCUAUUCCACAUUCAAAAUUUUGUAAUACGAAAAGAAAAUGCGGUCUCAUUCAGUAUCAUUUUAAAAUUCAUCAUAAAAUCAUAUUAAUUUUAAAACCAACAAAAAAUAUUUUUCUGCUUCAGAAAUCCAUAAAUAUUAGAUUCGGAUUAAUAGUUUCUGUAUUUUCUAUAGUAUUUUAUCAGCAAUAAUCUUUACAAGAUGUUCGGCUUUGGAGGUUGCGGUGGAUUCGGUGGAAGCCAAGGCUUCGGUGGUCAUCAGGGCUUCGGCGGAGGCUUUGGCGGCCAGAACUUUGGAGGCUUCAGCCAAGGCAUGCAAGGAGGUAUGCAAGGUGGAUUCAGGCCCUCGAUGCCGGGCCAAGGCGGGUUCGGCGGAGGACAGCAAUUCAGUAGUGGCGGAUUUAGUGGCAACCAAGGUUUCGGCAGCAAUAUGCAAGGCAUGCAGAACGGCAUGCAAGCAUCACGCCAAGGUCAGGGUCAAGCCCAGGGCCAGAGCGGCUACAGCAGUCAGCAAGGAGGCUACGGCGGCCAACCCGGGUACGGCGGCGGCUACCAAGGCGGAUACGGUCAAUAGUCCAGUACUGUCCAUUGUGCAUAGCUUUACUAUAAGUGUAACAAGUUUGUGAGUAAAAGUCAGCGUUAUCGUAUUGUUUUGUAAUAAAACGUUAGUUGAGUUAAA